UUGAAUUAUUUACAGGAACGUACAUAAAGGAUGGGUAUACAUGGUUUUACUGCAAGGACUAUGAAACUAUGAAAAACGUUCUUCUUCUUGCAGACCAAAUAAAAGAUAUCCGUCCUCCAAUUGAGAAUCUCUCAGUGCCUUCUCUCUUCCUCGUUGCUGAAGAUGACCAAUACCAACCAUCCAAAGAGCGCAUGUUAGAGGUUAUAUCUGCCAUGAAGAAAGCAGGAAAUGGUGAUUUGGUGGAGACAUUCCACCUAGAAGGUGCAGGACACUUAUUGGAUGCACCAUAUAUGCCUAUCUGUACACAGUCUUCUAUCAAAUUCCCUACUGUACGCCGUCCAUAUUUCACUACCUGGGGAGGUACGCCACACUUGUAUGCCCACUCUGUAGAGAAAUCCUGGAGAAAAGUGAUAGAAUACUUCAACCAUCAUCUCAAACCAACACAAACAUACAGAUAAACCAGUCACUAUUAUGACAAUACUAACAAAUAUGUCAGCAGGACUGGAUCAAGAGAUUUGCAAGUACCAAAAGCACUGUUUUUAGUGCUUUUCAGGACUACCUUUUCAUGGGAGUUUCAUGAAGCCUCUUUUCAUUGAUAUUUACUGACAAGUUAGCUCAGAGCCAAUCAGAAGCAAGAAUUUCAGUAGAGUAGCUGAUAGUUGACAGUCAGUAAAUAUCACUUUCAGAAAAUGCUUCUAAUAUAAGGGGAAUUCAUAAACUUCUUGCUCUUGUCAAGAAUUUUACUGGGGUGGGAGAGUUCAGAUUUUUAGCUAAUUUCAGAUUUUGUUGGUUUUGAUUUUCAGCUUAAUUUCAGCUUAUUUUAGUUUUCCUCUGUACAAAAACUGUGGGAGCUCUUUCUGUUUCAGCUUUUUUCAACACUCUUAAGCUUUUUUCAAAUCUUUUUGUUUGUGACCACUCACACCCCUGAUUUUAAUUUCAAUAAUAAAAAUGAUAAAAUGAUAAUGAAGAGUCAAGCUUUGUUUCACAAUAUAAUGGGGAGAAAAUUACAUAUUUCAUAUUUCACAAAAUAAAACACAAAAGAAAUAGUGAAUUGGUGAUGUCUCUGGUCACCCAUUUGCAUACCGACCAGGAUUUGCAAAUAACUGUCUCGUUAAAAUUACAUAAAACUUAAAAAUAUAUCUUUCUUAUUUUACAUCCAACUUUGAUGAAAUUUUCAGCGUUAAAGCUAGAGCAUUAUCUUAAAUUCUACUAUAAAGAACAUCUUGUAUGGAUUGGCUUCCACUUUAAAGGUGCUGUAAAGCAAAAGUAGCAAUAGCAUAAUGACAAUAGUCAUGUCAUACGUUGAUCUGUUUAUCAGUAUGUCGCCUUUGGAGCAAUAUAAACUACAGGCAAAUACUUCCCAUAAAGACAUAAAAUGAUGGGACCACAGACAUUCCUUCAUGUUAUACAAAAUUCAACUUGCUCUCAAUUCUUCAUUUAAGAAAAAGUGUGAGUAUGUGACUAAAUGUGUACAAAAAAAUUACAUGUAACUGUACGUAAAUUCUUUAUGUUGACUCGGCCCCUGGUCUAAAACUUGUUUCAACUUUAAGGUGAUUAUUUAAUUUCUGGAAGGUGAAGUAAUGCAGAAUUUAAUGUAUCAUGUAACUUGUAUAUGUAGUCCUUGAAGGAAAAGUUUGAAGCUGUCUUGCCAUUUACACAAAUGACAAAAUUCAGGUAAGGGUUCAAUGCCAAGAAGAGGUAUUUUUAUGCAAAGAAAUAUACAGGGUUAUCAUCUAUAUUUCAUUUUUUUUGUAAAAAGUCAUUAUGACUUAAUUGUGUGAAACAAUUACCACAACUUCAUAAGCAAAUAAUAGUUUUAUAUAAUGACAUCAUAUGAAUAUGCAACGAGUCCCACAAAAUAUGUUAAUGACUCUUUGAAUUAAUAUAUUGUAAAAAAAUUGUAAAUUAUAUUGUAUAUGU